AUGAAAAUACUCCACAGUCGUGAGGAGAUUGGCAAUCUUGUAGCUAUAACGGCUACAGGAGCUGAAAAUGUGAAGGUUGCCACAACUGCUUUAGAGAUCAAGAAAAUGCAGAAUCUUCAAGUCCAACAAUAUGCAAUUGCUAUGGCUGAAGGGUAUCUAUCAGACAUGCUACCAGUUCCUGGAAUUCUUAGCAAAGUUCAGUCAGCGAAAGCCAAAGAACUUGCCGGUAAAGUUGGAGGACAAGCUAUCACUUUUGAUGAAUUGAAAGAUUUCCAUCCAGAAGAAGGAAUGAUUCUUGCAAAUACAACGUCGGUAGGAAUGAAACCAAGGAUUGAGGACAGUCCCUUGCCAAAGGAAGCUCUCAAACACUACUCAUUGGUCUUCGAUGCCAUUUACACACCAAAAUGGACCAGACUCCUACAAGAAGCAAAAGAGUGUGGAGCUAUUGUUGUUUUUGGAACAGAAAUGUUCAUCAAUCAAGCAUUUGUACAGGUUGAAAGGUUCACCGGAUUACCAGCACCAAAACAACUGAUGAGGGAUGUGCUAGCAAGAAAUACAUAAGUCAGAAUUUUUCUGGUGAAUCUCCUCAGCUGCUGAAUCUUUGUUUCUACACUGCAGCAAAUUCAUCCAAGGUCCGAAUUUCGCAAUCAGCUGUUGUGUAUUAAAUGUCCAUUUUCUCUGAAUCUUAAAGUUUGUCAAGCUUAUGUUAGGGUGGUAAAAUGUUGUUAUAGUUAGAUCAAUACCAUGGCAAUUGUUUUGUAGUAUUCCCAUAUUCUGGAACGAAGUUCAUAUUGUUUAAGUUCA